ACAUGUUUAGAAAAAGGAUACCUUACAUAUGAGAGUGUUUCUUAAGUUUCAGUGAAUUAAAGUACCACUACAGGCAACAACCAUCAAGAUGCCCUGCUUGAAAAUACUUUUCAUCGGACUGGCCUAUCUUUGUUCCUUUGCAUUUGGUCUCAAGUGUCCCCAAGGAUUCGAGGAAUAUAACAUGGCCUGCUACUUGGUGGUCGAAACUAAAGUGGACUUCUUCAGUGCUUACCGCGAUUGCAGGGCUAUGAAGAGCUACCUUCUGAACGUGGAUGCCACCCCGGAGCUGAACUUUGUUAAAGGGCUUGUCGAACGUCUUGGAGGACGGAAUUAUCCAGGAUUUUGGAUCGGUGGAUUUUGGAGUCGGACCCUUCAGGCGUGGUUUUGGGAGAAGACAGAUGCUGAAGGGCGUAACACGGUGACCAAACUGACGCCAGAUAAUACUGACGUAAGCUGGUGGGGAUAUGGCGAGCAUUCAAAUGUGGUCAAUAAGAGGGACGACCCCGAACACUGGCUGAUGCUGAAGCGCCGUGACCUCAAGCUUUACUCUAUGAAUGCCUAUGAGAAGCUGGGGUACAUUUGUGAAACUGUUGCUGAAUAA